CGUCGGUGGAUCGACCUGCCCACCAGCAGCAGAGCAGCUGUCGAUCUACAAACCUUCACCUGUCGGGUAAGUUGCAGCAUUGCUCGAACUAAUAUGCUUGAGCUCGAAGUGAAUUUUCUUGCACAGCUACAACGAAUCUUCACGACCUCAGCGGUUGUAUGUUGUGCAGUAUCUGGUAAUGGUGCAAAGGCAAUACCAUUUAGUGGUAGCUCCAACGAUGGCCCCUUUCUCGCCAACGCAGGUUUAUUUACAACAAAUGCUAAAACAGAACGCGUCACUUUAACCCAACUCUCCUAUAUUGAAGUUUCUCCUAUUGCUAUUGUCAAUUGCCUCAAGUUCAUUGCCACCUCUAUCUACCCCACCAGAUGAUUUCGUCUGAUAAUUCUGCGACUUCGAAGCUCCCUCCCAAUUUGUCCAGCUGCUGUCAAGUCGCACAAGGCAAUACAUACCACAUGCCCAUACGUAUAAUACCCAUCUACAAUUGAAUCGCAUACGUUCACUUCCCUUUCGCUUUGUCGCUUUGUCGCUUUGUCGCUUUGCUCCCACCGCAAUGUUGGGGAAGCAGCAGGGCGCGUUUGCUUGUGAGUUUGCUUCGAAUCUGCCAGACUGUGCCUUCCCUGCUGCUUUGUUUUGUUUCGCGCAAACUUUCUUUUGUUGACUUUUUGUCUUGUUAUCAGCUGGCUCGAGAUUUGUAUUUCCCUUCAUUCGAAAUAAUCGUAGGAGAAGCAGCGCUCAUUCUCACAUCAACAUCGUCUCCCCACCACCUGAAGACGACAUCGACGACAACACCGCAGAGCCCGUGCUCUUUGUGCGCAAACAAUCUCUUCAAGACGAAAUCGACGUUGGCCUUGCAGUCUCAAGCAAACUCGAACCCUUCACCUCGCAUACACAGUCAGCUUCGCGUCCUCUCACAUUCGCUGAAGCUACCAUGACUACUCGUCCGCGACAUACAACCACCUCCCGCAUGCGCCUCGUUUCUGACGAAUACAGUGACACCAUGGCGGAUGCUUCUAUAGCAGAAUCCUUUGGUCCGGCUAGGGUGAUCCUCAAGAAGAAAAAGAAGGCUUCAAAGUGGCAGCGUCUUGAUCUGUCGGGCUCGGUAUCUGCUGAUAACGAGGGUGAAGACGAGGUGACCAGCAACCCCGCGUCAAGCGCGCCUACCCGUGCCAGUACCCCUCUAUUGACUUACGCCCUCUCCAAAUCCCCUCCUCUUUCUUCUCUUGAGCCCCUAUCCAGCGACACCACUGAGUCUGCGACUGCACACUCCUUGUCACACGAACGCGUGGCGACACUUGGUCACAAGGGAAAAGGGAAGGCUAUUGUUGAGGUGGACUCGCAAUCCAGCGUUGUUGAUUCUGAAGGUGAAUUCCAGCAAGGUUCCGGCCAGUCGUUCGAGGUUCAGACUCCCCUCGUCUACAGCUCCAUUGGAAUUUCCUAUAGUCCUUCCGACCAAGGUUACCCGCCUGGAUACUAUACCACACCUACACAGGCUGGUUACGAUUCUACUGUGUCCUUCGGAGGCUCGGAGUACAUCGACGACGACCCCACACCUCGUGUUGCCCAGGGCGGCUUCCAACCCUUCCAAAUCCGGCCUGCCCUGUCCCAGGACGAUUGGAGCACAUUUGAUGAUCUUGACCGAUCGGAUACUCAAUCCACGAAAGACCGCACCGAAGCCGUUCUUGCCCAAUUGAACGCAAACAUGAUGGCCAACAAGGGAAAGGACCUUGUUCUCGACGACGUGUUCGAUUCGGUCGAUUGGGACCCCGAAAUGCCAAAGGGGCCAUCAUUGACUUCCUCACCAGAGCCUAUACCACUAGAUCCCAAGCCAGUUGCCUACACCACCGUUGGUUCUCGCGUCGACCCAUCCGCCGUACCUCAAUUCAGUGCUCCAAAUAGGAUCCAACGCGAAGGUGCCAAUCGCCGACCCGUGCCAUUGUCUAUGAUGCAGUCACGACAAUUUGACGGUGGCUUCUAUGGCCAACAGCGUGGUCCUCCUCCUCCCCUCAAUAUGUCCAAUUCGAUGCAAUAUGCCCAGCAAUUGGGUCGCAAUCCGGCCAGCAUCAUGCCUUCAUCUGCAGGAAGUCAAUCUUCGGGUUCUACAAUGUCUAGGUCGAUAUCAGGUCAAAUGGCGGAGCCUGCUUCUGAUUAUGGCCAGUCUGAUUACGGUAGAGUUGAUGGUGGUCUGCGCGAACUAACGGAGCGAGAGGAGAAGUCUUUGGCACAGCAGCUCAACAUCCAGACCAAGUUCUCGUACGAGAACUCUUCGUACGAUGAAGAACCCAAGCCCCUUUUCAAGAUUACGACUGCGGGUGAUGAGAAUCGCAACCCAUACUCCGUCCGAGAACUACUCGAUGAUGAUUCUCGUCGUCGUUCGAACAGCUACCAAGAAUCACUCCAGGGCAUGGAUAGGAUGCAGACUCUCCAACGACUCUCGAAGUUCGAAAAUCCUAUGCAAGAAGCUUGUCGUACGAGAUUGGCAGAGCUGUCGCUCAAGGGAAAGCCUGCCAAUGGCUCAUCCACUCUCACCCCAUAUGAUAUUGCUGUUCGAGAUCAGAAGCCUGCAGCACCCAGUGAUGAAAGUUCUUUGGACAAGCUGAUCGCAAGCAUGAAUACUGGUGGAACCGGCGAGCUGAAUCGUAGCUACCAGUUUCCGCCACCUGGUCUGGUGACCCCCCGAGCAAAUCCCCUGCUGGCAGCUUUCAAUAACACAGCUUCUCAACCAGCUUUCGUACCUGCUCGCCCACCAGGAUAUCCUCAGCCGUUGACCGCUGGGCCACCACGUCGAAGCGCGUUCCCUCCCGGUAUGGGUCAGGUUGGAGCUCUUCAGUCAGCAUCUCAGACUCAGCAAGCCAGUGUUCCAGUCGGAGGAGCCAAGUCUAAGUCGUUGAUGUCCACCAAUCUACCAAAAGCUACGAUUUCGAGCUAUGGAAAUGCUAACUCAAUGGGAGGACCUCCAUUGCUGAUCGAGAACCGGAGCUAUCCUUCAACCGCUAUAUACGACACUCUUACUGCCCAGGAAGCUAUGAUGAAGUACUAUCCUAAUGGUCUCCCCCCAGACUUCAGUCACAAGUGGAACCCUAUCUCCGAGGAGAAUCGGAAGCUCAUUGGGGAAGCCUCACAACUCACUGCUCAAGAGCAGUCCGCAACCAAAUUGAAGGAGCAUGAGGAUUGGUUCUACCAAGGUCAGAGACGUUUCGUGACCAUGAAGGGUCAAGACUACAUUGAGGAGUUGGAGAUGCGAAGUAAAUGCACUGACAGGUUUGGAAACAUCGGCCCUCCUCGACGGAUUAAUCAUCCCGUCAUCCCAGUUGAGAUCACCCCGGAGCAAGCCAAGAACAUAUCCAUAUCCGAAGCUGCCAUACCCAUUCUUGACGCUUCUUUCGGUACCUUGCUAGCUUAUGCCGAGGCUAGCAACUCCUCUCGUUCUCGUCUCAGCAAAUUCGUCACUCCUGCCAAACAUCUGGUCGACACAAGCCCAACUGGCAAUGACAGCUCCUUUGGUGAAGAUUGGGGUCCACCAGGUGGUCCAACAGGUUCAAGAUUCUCUGUUGCCAACAGCUCGAGAUCAUCGUCCGUUGCUCCCGGCUCUUCCAGGGGAGGCGGAGUCAAGAUCAGCUUGUUCGACCGCUUCAACAGUGGCAAGUAUAGCAAGAACUAGGUGUCGUCUGAUCCCUUACAAAUCUAUUGGAUGGCUCCUAUUUUCGCAUGUUGCUUGAUAGAAUUCGGACGAUUGACACUGGUGGAUAUGAGAGAGUGAAUCACAUGCUGGUGAGGGAGAUCGUGAUGAAGUACAUUGUCGGACUGGAUUGAAGACACUCGAGCGCGAUGUGGCGGACUCUGGCCAUAAUUGAUUGGCUUGCUUUUUACUUCUCGGAUUGCUGGAUGUUCCGCCGGAUUAAUGUAUGUGUUGCUGUAUACUCGCACAGUUGCAAAGCUACUUUGAAUCAGAGGCGGGUUGAUGGUGAGGUCGGCUCUACAACGAGUGGAAGAGCUUCUAUUAAGAAUAUUAAGGGCUGAUUGAAGGAUCUCGUCAAGCUAAUUUGUCGUUUUCUCUGUUGCGCAUCUGAUCGCCAAG